GAGACCACAAUAUUAUUGCCUUCAGUGUGUGAGUGCGCGCGCAUCGGCCGUCAUCACAGUCCGGUUGACACCGUCGUCGUUCCGUCGUUUUUGUUGUUUACACGUUGUUUGGUUGAUCGAGAUUUACUGUUCGUUUUGUUUUUUCCUCUCCUCCUCCACACUUCCCUCACCCCAAUCCCUCUGCCCGCCAUCACCCGCACCCCGGUUUGCGUGCAACACCGUCCAUCCCGAUUUCCCGUGGAUAUCUGUCGCGAUAUCGUCGCACUCGUCGCAGCAGCAGCAGCUAUCGGACACACGAGAUCGUCGUUAUGGUGGUGCGAACGCGUUGAAAAACGCGACUUCCGAUCAGUGCCGUCCGACAGCAGGUCGCGAAGACGACACGGCAACCCGCACGAGUGUUGGUCAGAAACGACGUGCUAGUCGUCGUCGUCCCUUCGGCCGUGGUGGUGAACUAUCAAAAGUCGAUCCGAUGUGCUUCUAUGGCGACCGCCAACGCGUGUACCGUCGUUCUGUUCCUGCUGCUGCUCCUCCGCAUAUCGACGGUCGACAGUGUCCUUCUAACGGACACAGUCGACAAUAUUGUACCCAAUUCAGGGUGGAUUGUGGAGCCACCGGACAUAGCAGUUGCAAUCCGAGAUAGACCGUACACGUUACAAUGCCAUUCGGACCUGCCAAAUGUCACGUAUCAGUGGAUGUACAACAAUCAUAUAUUGGAUCUAGUCAAUGACUCGCGUCGUAAAAUUCUUUCCAACGGUUCUUUGUUUUUUAAUAAAGUUCUGCAUAAAAAACCAGGUGAUGCGGGAUCAUAUAGAUGUAUAGUACAAACAACUUAUGGCUCCAUUGUCUCAAAAACAGUUACAUUGCAGAUAGCAGUUCUUCGUGACUUUGACAUAUCUCCGAACAAUGUAACAGUUAGUUCAGAAGCUAGUCGAUCUGUUAUUCGACUUACUUGUCACAUUAAUUCCACACCCGAAGCAACUAUUACAUGGCUAAAAAAUGAUGCUAUUGUACCCAGUAGCAAAAAGUUUAUAACAAAAGUUCCUGGUGUUUUAUAUAUUAAAAACGUUGAUGAAAAAGAUUCUGGAAAUUAUAGAUGUAUGGCGAAAAACUAUCUAUUAAAUAAAACAAGAUUAAGUGAUGCUGGUUAUUUGAAUGUUGAAAAUAUUAAUGCAGAAUCUUUUGGAUCCCAAUCAGAUAUUCAACCUUUAUCAUUCAUUUCACCUACUUAUUUGUACCCUAAUGUUAAGUAUGUAACAGCAGGUGACAAUAUAACAUUUGAAUGCGCUGCUUCUGGUGUCCCGUCUCCUCAGCUCAAUUGGUCAUUUACAACCUCUACAGGAAAUAAACAGAACACUAAGAUUAGUGAUGUAGAGCUUUUUGUUAACAUAUUAAGUUUAACAAAUGUAAGUUCAGAAAAUUCAGGGAUUUACACAUGUCUUGCAUUCCAACCUUUGAUAAGAUGGCCAGAUUUUGCACAUACUCAAACUUUUCGAUUAGAAGUGAUGAUGCCUCCUAUUAUUACUAUUCGUCCAGAAACACAAUCUAUGCCUAUAGUGAAAACGAUUCGUUUUAAAUGUGGAGCGGAUGGCAAUCCGUAUCCUAAUAUAUCUUGGUAUCAUAAUGGUGAACGUCUAAAAUCAAAUGGUCGUGUUAAGAUCAAGGAGAAACAAUUUUUAAUAGUCAGUAAUACAGUAUCGAAAGAUUCUGGAAUCUAUCAAUGUUUUGCCUCGAAUCCGUAUGGAACUACAUGGGUAGGGGCAAUGUUUACUAUAAGCCCGUCUCCAUUUGAACCAGCACCGCCUACAAACAUCAGUUGUCGAACAUUGUCUCUUUCUCAAAUUCAGUUGUCUUGGCAAAUGUCCCCAACGGAUGUUUCUAAUGAUCCUCCAAUUCUUUUUCGUGAUGAUUCUAUCCAACUUGUUCCUUCUCAUAGUAGUGUUUCAUCAGCAUCAUCAUCUUCUGCUACUGUUUCGACAGAUAAAAUAAGUAGAAUUAUCAGAAUAUAUACAGUGCACUACAUGCUCACAGAUGGUGGAGAUGAGGUACAAAAUAUCACUGAAGACCAUUCUAUUAUAAUUGAAAAUCUUAAACCGUAUCAAAAUUAUACUUUUUAUGUCAGAGUAUACAAUGGUAAAUCAGGAUCUGAUGAAUCUGAAAAAGUUAUCUGCAGAACUCAAGAUAAAGCACCACAAACAACUCUAGACUUAACUAUUUUUCCACUCAGUCCUAUAUCAUUGAGUGUGGAAUGGCCUAUAAUCAAUGUAAAUUUGAUUAAUGGAGCAGUGACUCAAUAUCAAAUUUUGUGGAAGCUAUUUCAUAGUUCAUCUAAUUAUGUACAAAUUUUGCAUGAAAAUACUAGACAUUACACAAUUACAGGUCUAAAACCAGGUGGACAGUAUGAAGUAAAAGUAUUAGGAAUAGCACAAAAUGGUUUACCCAGUAUAGAUUUUCCAUGGCAUUUAGUUGAUUUACCACAUAUCGAUACUUCACUACCUAAACCCAUUUUAACAUUCACUGUUGGUCAAACAAUAAAGCUUUCUUGGUCUGUUAAACAUGUACAUUUUGACUACUAUAAAUUAAUGUAUCGAGUUACUGGCAAAACAAAUCAAUCAGAAAUGUUAUUGUUUACAUUUAGCCCAGAUAAAAAUGACCAUAUAAUUAAUUAUACUAGUGAUUUGGAAGUGUAUGAAGUAUUAUUAAAUUGUGUAUCCAAUAAUAGACAAGGAGAAUCAGUUUUUAGAACUAUUGCCGUAGUUUUAGAUAUAUUAUCUCCGCCAUCUCAAAUUGAAGCUGUUGCUACUUCAUUUCACAGUCUGAAUUUAUCAUGGGUUCCACCAGAUUCUGUUGAUUUAUCAUCUUUGCUGUUCAUUAUUACCUAUAAUUCAGUAUCUAAUUAUUCUCAAAAUUCUACAACAAUAUUUACUGAUUUGGGUGUAACUUCUUUAGAAAUAUCUGGAUUAAGGCCGUAUAGUUUAUAUGAAAUAAAAAUAUCGGCUCAUGAUAAAAAUAAUAGAAAAAGUGAAUUUAGUCAAAAGAUACAGAUACGCACACUUCAAGGAGUUCCUGGUAUAGUAGAACAAAUAGAGUGGCAUUGGAUAAAUAAUUAUACUGUUCGUAUUACUUGGGUUGAGCCAAUUAAUUCAAAUGGUGUGAUUACGGGCUAUUAUGUUCUAUAUACAUCUGAAUUGCAUGUGCCACCCACGUCAUGGCAACAAUUAAACGUCUCACAGCAUAAACACUCAUUAGACCUGAGUGGUUUGAGUUAUAAAACUCAAUAUUUUUUUAUGGUACGUGCUGCUACUGAUGCUGGAUUUGGUCCACAAAGUGGUAUUUUUUCCAUUACACCAUUAACUCCAUUUAUUAAUUCUCCUAUUAAUUCUAAGUAUCCUGAUGAUUCUCCUGCACUUUAUAUGAAAGAUGAACAGCUAUUGGGUAUUGUCAUUGGUUGUGUAGUAGGAGUUUGUUGCAUACUAAUCUGCGCUACAAGUAUUUUAUUGAAACGUCAAUGUGUAAAAGCCGAAAGAAUACAAGAUCCUCAACAUAAUUCAUUAAAUAGUGAUAUGGCAUACUGUGCUCAAAAUCUACGACCAUUCACGGUUGAUAAUGUUCAACACGAGGAAAAUGUUCCUUUAAAUGAUAUACAUUAUAUAACUAGGCAUGUGGAAGGAAAAUCUCGGUAUUCAAAUAAUAUGUCUGGUAUGGCAUUAUUGCCACUUCUAGAUCAAAGUAAUGUGGGAAAUAACGACUCAACAAACAUUCAUAUAGUUGAAAAUCCUCAAUGUACUGUUGAUGUGGAUGGUUACGAUGUGGACAGUUUGUUGAGUGAAUCAGCUGAAGGUGGUGCAGGCACUGAAGAGUCUGGUUGUAGUGACCAACUAGCUAAAAGUCAGAAAUGUGGUGAUUUCAGUGUAAUUGAUGAUGGAUUUCAUGAAAAUGUUGAAUUAAACAAAAUGUUAGUCGGAUAAUUUGGAUUAGAAUGAUCUAAAAUGAUGUGCCAAAAUACAACUGUAUAAUAUGGUGCACUAAAUUGUAUUGUAUUUAAUACUUAUGUACUAUAUAUUAUAAAACAUUAUAAUUUGGUUUAUACUCACAUCACAUCAACUCGCAUCACUCGCAUUAUAUUGACAAAAACAAAAUCUUGUGUGUCAAAACUGGAUAAAGUUUGUACAGGCCUAAGUUAGAGAUUUGAACAUUUGUGUUACAGAAAAAAACUGUUUUUUAAAUUUUAUUUUUGGCUAAGAUUAUCUUUCUGAAACUUUAUGUUUUAUUAUUUUUUUGCUAUUA